CUGUUCCUGCAUCGCCCCAAAGGCGCGAGACUCUUGGCUCGAAGAUGUCCAAUCGUCACUGAUCGAUAGGUCAAUACCUGCCCAAAUGAAGCUCAGCCCCGCCCCCAACAAGCUCACCUCAGACGGCUGGGGUUGGAACAUACACACGUCUUGGCUGAGAUGCUAAUUUUGGGCUCGACAUUGCCGUGGCUGGGCAGUAUCUAUAAACCAUGAGGCCCGUCUCUCAAUAGACCGAUUCUGUGCGAGGAUUGAUUUUUGCCUUCCGGCAUUUUCUAAUCGACAGAACAUCCAUACUCGUGGAUAAAAAGACAUGAAGUGUCGUCUGAUCCCAAGCUCUUCUGCCCGAACACCCGCAAACCUCGCCAAAACCCCGCGCACUCUCGCCCCCUUUUCAUUGAUUCAUUUACCUUACCAUUCCCUUUGGCUGGCACCCUCCGUCUUGCCGCCAUGCCCCCUUCUCCCUCGGGGUCUCCUCCUCGUUCCGGUCGACACAGGGACAAGGCUAGACAAGCCAUUCAAGGCCCUCGGUUGGUUGCGCCGCAGCCCGCGAACCAACCGCCCUCGGACAACCCGACUUGGGCAACCCGUACUCUGGUCUUGGCCGUAAGGACCUUGCAGCGGAGGCGAUGCGCACUCAAUCCGGAGAUAAGGAAUGUAGCCUAGGCCGCCCGCGGCCAGUGACGGCCUAGGCCCUUCAUUUUUUUUCCCUUUCCGAGGCCUCUGCGAAAUAAGCCCCAGGGGCCGGGGCAACACCAGCCUCGAGGCCGGGCACGGCUUAGCCUGGGUCCCUUCACAGGUCCGUUAAUUAUCCCCGUUUCGGAGCUGCUGCUCCAGCAUCUGAUGCCACCACACUCCCCGCGAACGCUUGGAGGCCUCAACAGUCGCGCAACCUACUGGGGAGGGUCGUCGCCCUGUUGCCUUACGAUGCACAUUGCUGCGAGGACAAAGCCCUUGAGGGAUAAAGAGGGGCGGCUUCUGGUUUUCCACAACCGCUGAUUGUUGGGUUUCACCAAAGGGACUCACUCACAAGCCACAUCGCAAUCUAAUCCCGUUGAGCCUUUUUUCUACAUGAGGUCCUGACUUUCUGCACGAAGGGGAUUCACGAGCCAAGCCUGCGCUUUUGCGUCCCCACACCCCUAUAGUCCCCACGACACAGCUUAUGAACGGCUCGUCGCCAACAUUUCGCCCGGCCAUGCUUACUGGGCCCCUUCCAUCGUUUCCAAAGAGAGCACGCUGUCCCUCUGGUUACAUUCUUGGCCGUCUGGCGCCUUAACGCGUGGCCUCAGAGCCAGGGUUCCAGGCACGCGAAGGGAAAUGAUCGACAAGGGGAUGGAGGGGAUUGCUGAACAGACUGAGAGCGGGACGGGCCCUCGAAUGGCGGACUGCACUGGGUUUGCGGUCGCAUGAGGCUUCCAGAAACCUUUGACAACGGCAUCUUAAAGGUCCCUGCCGGCACGCCUCAAAUGCGCCUGGGGAGGUCGAGUGAAGACGCUGAGAAUCGUCAUGCCUCCCCCGUUCGAAGCACUAUAACUCAAAGGACAAAAAAGGCAAGCUUGACGCGUCAGAGUCCGGCAAUAUGUCGUACCCGCAAGCUCAGAUAAUGGGUUACGCUACGCAACUGGAUGGCACUGGCGACUACCGCUUUCAGACGAAUCCGUCGAUGCCUGGGAAAACUGUCUGCCCUUACGAGGAGCAUGUGGUCACGGACCCCAACGUCUCGCGUAUCGUGUUGAUGAUUAUGCGGGACUUUGUGAGCCGGAGAGCCCUCUACGACCGCGCAGAAGAUGAGCGGGCCAUGUUUUGCUGUCCCAUCAUGAGGUGCUAUGAGGAAUUCGACCAGCCAAUGGGGCUGAUCGGCCACCUCCUUGAAUGCAAGCAGCUCAAGUUCGGCGAGUUCAACUGCCUGCGAUGCAAGAAUGCCCACAGAUACCCCAUCACAGAACGGGAGUGGCUUGAAUGGGAGGGCUGGCAGGCCAAGGCGCCGGCCGUCGGCAUCAAAAAGAAAUUUUCGGAACUCUCCGGCUCGAUCUUUCGGGUCAUCCGCAGCCAAAGGCGGAACAGCGCUCCGUCAUCUCGUGGCGGAUCUCCAAGCGUGGCCGCGAAGAGCCCAGGUCCACCCGACUGGAUCUGGUCCGGAACCGGACACCUUACCGUGCAAGACAAGCUGAGCCUGCACCGGUUGCCAGAUCAGGAAAAGACGGAGUAUAUUGCCGAUGCCCCCUACGAGCUCCAAGCCACAUCUAGCACGAGUGUGGAGUUGCCGGACACGCCGCCGCCGCCGAGUUAUCGCCAAAACUCCCCUGGCAGCUUCGCGAGCAGCCAGACCAGCAGCUCUCGGUCUGGGAGUUCGCCUCAAGUCAUAUUCGACGUCCCCGGCACUUCCUGGGACUCCUCAACGUCGAGUUUUGGUAGUUCGCAAAUCGCCGCUCCCGAAAUACAGAUUCUUGCCCAGCCAGGCUCAGUGAGAUACUUUGACAAUCUCACCCAGUCUCCAGGCGGCAUGUCCGUGGACCAAGCUGGAGGGCAAUCAGUCUGGGAGCCGACGCCCACCACAUCCGGCUACACCGAGGAGACAGCUUCGGGAAUCAACGCAUUUGUGCCAACACCCGAUUCUUCUAGAACAGCCGCGGAAUACUUCCCGAUAUCCGACAUCAACGUGUCUCCGGCAAGCAAUACAAUCAGUACCUGGAACCCUGACGACGGCUCCCUGUACUCUUGGCUCCAGGGUCAAAUGCCGCCGCCGCCACCGCCACCACAGGGUCACCACUCUGGUCUCGUGGAUAUGUUGCCAAACAUUCCCACUGCAAAUGUUGGGGCCAUUGCUCAUUGCCUGCAAGCCCCCGACCAGAUCCCGGUCCACGAGCAGCUCAACUGUGGGGGCAGAUCCGGCAACUACACGUGCGAGUGGUGCCCCUGGCAGCCGAUGGAGACCGGGAAGCCGGAGAACUUUGCGAACUACCUGCGCAAGCACAGGCAGACGCACUUGGGCCGCAGGUUCUACUGCCCGAACGCCGGCUGCGAACGCUCCUACUCGCGCCCCGACAACCUGAGCAAGCACAUCAAAGAGUCCCACCCUAACAGCGUUGGUGCCUACGGAUCUCCCUCCUCUCAAACCCGGAGUGGAAACAAGCGACGCUUCACGAGCAGCUCGGCGAGAUAGGAUCCGGGUUGGUACCCCGGACACGAGGCGCGUAGUGGAAGUGAAGGGACGCACCACUCCGGCCAGAGAUGGUAUGGUUCUAGGGAUUCGAGAGGCCAGCAGCCAGGCUGAAAGGACAUGAUAAUUUUCGUCACGGGGCAGCUAAGUCCAGGAAGUGCCUCCAUGUUUUCUUGCGUCCGUCUGUUCCACGGUGAUUUUAUUCCGUUUCCUCGUACUCUUUAUGAUAAUGAUACUUCAUAAAUGUCAACGGUCAAUGUUAUCAUGUACAAAGCCCCUUCUAUUUGCACUAUAUCUAGCUGUCGGUCAUGUUGUGAGGCCUCCAGCAAUAGUGAGAUGUUAUAAACUCUUCGACAACCUGGU